UGAAGCCUGCCCAGUCGCCACUGACCCUGUUAGCCAGCUUUAAUGUCAACUCCCUGGCUCCAAAGUGGAGGGAAUUACCCCACUUUUAGUCUCCAAUCAGGAAAAAAAGAAGAGCAACACAGCAAAAUGCAGAGCUUGACUCUUUUUCAACCCAUGUGCUCUUUUCAGGGUCUGACUGCUCUUGCUUUCUGGUGAAACACAGGGUCGGGGACUGUGUGGAUAAAACCCUGAGGGUUUUGACAUUUCAGCCCUACUGUCUUUUUUUAGUUUUUGCUCCUCUUCUGGCCUCAGUGCUUUUUGGAGGAGGCCCAGAUGAUGGGGUGGUGUUGCUCAGGCAUAUGCAGAGCCCUGGCUCUCCUGGCACUCCUGUUUCCCUUGCGGGAGAGGGGAUGCUGGGGGCUGAAUCCCAGCUCUGGGGAUCUGGAGAAGUCCCCACACUCUGAUCCAGACCCCUGGGAGGUCCUGCACAGGCACAAACGCAGCUGGGUAUGGAACCAGUUCUUCGUAUUGGAGGAGUACACAGGAAAUGAGCCACUCUAUGUUGGCAAGCUGCACUCAGAUGUGGACAAAGGAGAUGGAAAGGUGAAGUAUGUGUUAUCUGGUGAGGGCGCCACCUCUAUCUUCACCAUUGAUGAAAACACAGGAGACAUCCACGCCACGAAGCGCCUUGAUCGGGAGGCCCAAGCCUAUUAUACCCUCCAAGCUCAAGCUGUAGACCGGCUUACCAAUUUACCUGUAGAGCCCAGAUCUGAAUUCGUGGUCAAGGUCCAGGACAUCAAUGAUAAUGAGCCAAAGUUUCUUGAUGGACCGUAUUUGGCGGGGGUUCCAGAGAUGUCACCUUUAGGAACAAUGGUAGUGCAAGUGGCAGCCACGGAUGCAGAUGACCCGACAUACGGGAACAGUGCCAGGGUGGUCUACAGCAUCAUCCACGGACAGCCCUACUUCUCAGUGGAGCCCAAGACAGGUGUCAUCAGAACAGCUCUUCCCAACAUGGACCGGGAAACGAGGGACCAGUAUGUGCUCGUCAUCCAGGCCAAAGACAUGGUCGGCCAGAUGGGUGGCUUGUCCGGCACCACCUCUGUCACUGUCACGCUAACUGAUGUCAAUGACAACCCGCCUCGGUUCACUCACAAGAGCUAUCAGUACACGGUGCUGGAGUCGCUCCCAGUGCAAUCUGUGGUGGCCAGAAUCAAAGCAGCUGAUGCUGAUAUAGGCUCCAACGCAGAGAUGGACUAUAGGAUCAUGGACGGCGACGGACCUGGCAUAUUCAACAUAACAACAGAUGAGGACACACAAGACGGGGUCAUCAUCCUUCUGAAGCCUCUAGACUUUGAAACAAAGAGCAGCUUUUCUCUGAGAAUCGAAGCAACAAACAGGAAUAUUGACUCCAACUUCUUGAGUCUGGGCCCAUUUAGUGACACCACAUCUGUCAAGGUGACAGUGGAAGACGUCAACGAGCCACCCGUCUUCUCCAUGCCACUCAGCAAGAUGGUUGUUUCGGAAGACGCCAAAGUGGGCAGCUCGAUUGGGAGAGUCUCUGCCCAUGACCCAGACACCUCCAACAACGCCAUCAGGUACUCCAUUGACAGAAACACAGACUUAGAGCGCUUCUUUAAUGUGGAUGCUCUGAGUGGGGUCAUCAGCACAGCCAAGCCGCUGGACCGAGAGGCCAACUCCGUCCAUAACCUCACUAUAUUUGCCAUCGAGAGCCAGGACCCAACCCAAAUUGGAAAAGGCAUCUCUCUCAUCACAGUGCUGGACAUAAAUGAUAACGCCCCGGUCUUUGCCAUCGACUAUGAAACUCUCCUUUGUGAAAACGCUAUGCCAGGACAGGUGAUCCAGACCAUCAGUGCGGUGGAUAAGGACGAACCUUUGAGUGGCCACCGCUUUUAUUUUGCCCUGGCUGCAUCUGUUGCAGGCAACCUCAACUUCACUCUGCGAGAUAACAAAGUUCAGGCUUUUGGCACAUAUGUAAAUUAUCACAGAAACACACAGACUGAAAACUGCCUUUACAACACAGCGUCCAUAUUGACGAAGCGAGGUGGUUUCAGGAGACGUGAGCAACCUGUGUAUCGGCUCCCUGUGUUGAUUGUGGACAGUGGAAGUCCUGCCCUCAGCAGCACAAACACACUCUCAGUGCGAGUGUGUGACUGUGACUCUGAUGGUGUGGCCUUGUCUUGUGGAGCUGUGGCCUACACUGCGACCGGCCUCAGCACCGGCGCCCUCCUGGCUAUUUUAGGCUGCAUCAUCACACUUCUGGUGAUGGUUCUGCUAAUUGUGACGAUGCGUCGGAGGAAAAAGGAGCCUCUGAUUCUUGAGGAGGAGAGAGACAUCAGAGAGAACAUCGUUCGUUACGACGACGAGGGCGGGGGAGAGGAGGACACAGAGGCAUUCGACAUGGUCACCCUCCGCAACCUAAACGUCAUCAGAGACCCCAACGUGCGACGAGAUGUCACGCCAGAUACUCCUACCUUCUUUCAUUACCCUUCAACUACUCGCCCGCCGUAUAAAUCCCUGCCGGACAACGUGGUGUUUCGAGAGUUUAUUUGGGAGCGACUUAAGGAUGCUGAUGUGGACCCGUCAGCUCCCCCGUACGACUCUCUGCAGACAUAUGCUUUUGAAGGCAGCGGCUCUGUAGCAGAGUCGCUAAGCUCUCUGGAGUCACUAAGUACAGACUCAGAUCAGAACUAUGACUAUCUCAGCAACUGGGGGCCGCGCUUCAAAAAGCUGGCUGACCUGUACGGCAACAGCGACGGCACUAGUGUCUUCUCAUAGCCCCUAAAUGUCUCUCUUAACAUUUCUUGGACUUAAAAAAAUCCCCCAGUAAUUUAUUGUCAGAGAAAAUGAUUUUGUCUGCCUUAGUGCAUUGGAGGAAAAGAUUCAAAGACAACACAAGAGAGAUUGAAAGAAAAACACUUUGACUUCAAAGAUUUUCGGUUUGUUUACCUCCUUGUAUGGAUUUUCAAAAGCGUGCCAUGGUGAGUUUUGACACAGACUUCAAAAGUGGCUUGACUGAGGAGGAAACCUUGUGUGCUAAAGACAUUAAAGGUUUCAGAUUUUGGGCUCCGGUCCAACCAUUGACUGCAGAAUGCAUACAUGUUGGAAGCCUUUUUACGGGGAGGCACCUGUCCUUUCAUUCCAGCAAUGGGCACGGGCCCAGCACUCUUGCUUUGAUGCAUUCCUCUGCUAUCUUUGUGCUAAAAAAAACAUAAACGUUUCUCAUGAAAUGCUGUGUCCCUGGCGGCUAAUCAGUAGUCACUUGACUUCAUAUGAGAUUUGACAAACAAUUUCUAUGUUUGUUUUUUUCUUCUUCUGUUUUUGGGUUGGGGAGCCGGGUGAUGAGAAGCUGUUUUUCAUAAACAUUUAAGUGACAGAGCCACAUUAUUCAUUGUCUCUGUCAUAAAUCUCAACACUAUAUGAAAAGUGCAACUGCACACAUACAGUAUAAACAAGUAGUUGAUGUGCUAAGGAAGUGAUGUGAAGACAUAAGUUGUGCAAAUAAUAAAAAAGGAUGACACUCUCAUCAGUUUGAUGUCUCCACUGGGUGAAACAGGAAAGCAUAUAAUUUCUCUUAUUCUCCUAACAAUACAUUUUGCAGAUGUUGCAAUGUAGUGUUGUCUAAGUCUGUUUUUUCUUCCACCUUUCUAUUUCCAAGUCCAAUGUAUAAUUUCUGAGCUAUAAAAUUCAGUUGUUCUGCUUUUGUAUGAGGCGGGGGGCCUGGAUAUGUCUGCUACAAAGGAUCGGUCCUUGUUGUGUUUGAUAGCGAGAUUUACGCCACUAGAAAAAAAAAUUAUUUGUUUUCUGAAGUGAGUUGUUAAAUGGGUAAAGUUGCAGUUUGUAAGUAAAUGAAUUUUGCUUCUGUAGUUUGCAGAGUCCAGCAUAUAUUGUCAUUCAGAAAUGAUACCAAUAAUGUCCAUGAUUUGUUUAUUGAUGGUGAAAG